GUAAAGGUCGACCCCUAGUGCUGUCAUCUCACUAAUCGCUCCUAAUAAGGGCAUUAAUGUGAUUUUUUUUUCAGUGUCCAUGUAAUGGUGCAUUAAGAAGAUAUUUUUAAAAAAAUCUUCAAAGAUGUUGAACAAAUUUAAAGUGGUGGGCCUGGUGGCCGACCUGAUGCCCAACAUCCGCCUAAUCCAGGCCUCCGGACAUUUCAUGUUGAAUUACUAUGCAGAAGACAACGGGUCCAUGCAUUUUAUCCGGUUGGCUUAUUGUUGUAUGCACUUGUUUUUCGUAUUGAUGCAGUAUGGGUGUAUUUUUGGUAAUUUGGUAGCAGAAAAGGAUAACGUGAACGAUCUGGCUUCCAAUACGAUCACGAUCCUGUUUUUCACCCAUUGCAUCACUAAGUUUAUUUAUUUCGCCGUGAGGUCCAAGUUGUUUUACCGUACCUUGGGUAUCUGGAAUCAGGCCAACAGUCAUCCGAUCUUUGUGGAAUCCAACAACAGAUACCAUGCGAUCUCUUUGAAAAAAAUGCGAAAUUUGUUGUAUAUUAUAUUGAUCGGGUCGGUGAUUUCUACUGCAGCAUGGACAGGAAUCACAUUCGUAGGCGAGAGCGUCCAUUUCAUAAAAGAUCCAGACAACGAGAAUGAGACCAUUCCAGAAGAAAUCCCUAGACUCCUUAUUAAGUCUUGGUACCCGUUCAACGCCAUGUCCGGAAUGCCUUAUUAUAUUGCCCUGGUUUUCCAGAUUUACUACGUCCUUUUCUCGUUGCUCCACGCCAACUUGCUGGACAGCUUGUUCUGUUCAUGGCUGAUAUUCGCUUGCGAGCAAUUACAGCAUUUGAAAGAAAUCAUGAAACCCCUUAUGGAAUUAUCUGCUUCUCUGGAUACGUACGUGCCAAAGAGUGCCGACCUUUUUAAAGCUCCCGGCAGUGCUACCAGCCAAGACAACCUUAUAGAAAACGAUUAUAAUGCCAAAAACGACGAACUUAACCUGAAAGGAGUCUACAGUACCAGACAGGAGCUUGGCAAUUUGAAUUUCAGGAGCGGAGCAUUGCAGACUUUCGGACAAGGCGGAGGUGGGGUGGGUCCAAACGGUUUGACCAAGAAACAAGAGCUGAUGGUGAGGUCUGCUAUUAAGUAUUGGGUGGAGAGGCAUAAGCAUGUGGUAAGGUUAGUGACGGCCAUAGGUGACGCCUACGGUGUUGCUUUACUACUACACAUGCUUACCGCCACCAUUAUGCUUACCCUAUUGGCGUAUGAGGCUACAAAAAUUGAUGGGGUGAACACCUACGCGGCCACCACUCUGGGUUAUCUGCUCUACUCUUUGGCGCAGGUCUUUCAUUUUUGUAUUUUUGGUAAUCGGCUCAUUGAGGAGAGUUCUUCGGUAAUGGAGGCAGCCUACAGUUGCCACUGGUACGACGGUUCCGAAGAAGCGAAAACGUUCGUUCAGAUCGUAUGCCAGCAGUGCCAAAAAGCUUUGUCAAUAUCCGGAGCGAAGUUUUUCACCAUCUCACUGGAUUUGUUUGCUUCGAUUUUGGGUGCCACGGUCACCUACUUCAUGGUCUUGGUGCAACUUAAGUAAAAUGUAUAUUUGUUUUUUUUUUUUUUUAAAUUCUGACACUUUGUAUAUAUUGAUAGUCUCUGUUUAAGGCACAAAAUUGUUAGGUUAUAUUAUAUUAAUUAUAAAAAGUGAGUAGGCAUUCGACAGUGUCUUAUAAUAUGUAGUUUUAUAAGAGUACUAUUAUAUUAAGGUAGUUUUAAUAUUACUUGUGUGAUAUAUUAAUUAAUACGUAAUUGUUGAAUAAUGCACAAAUGUUCGUU